UGAUAGAGAAAAUAUUACCCGGAGUUCAGGAAGGCGAGCAGCCUCUAGCGGCCGGUCGUCGCCGAUCGGGCAACUCCAUAUUUGAGUCGGACGAGCAACACAAAUACGAAGGCAGCCUCAUGCGACUCACGUCCAGUGCGGCCGGGGAGCCUGAACGAAGAUUUGAACCCCCAGCACCACCUUACACCACUAGUCCAACGACCACUCCGAGUAUAGUCGAUGGAUUGUUGCAAGUUGCCGACAGCUUGCCAGGCGGUUCUAUAGAACGAUUGCGAGCUAUUCAAGCAGCAGCAAAGCACCAUGAAGCUCGCAAAAUUGAAUUGGCUACCGCUAGGAUACCCGAGGAUCCGUUAGAUCGAGUAAAGGCCAUAGAAGCUAAUGCUCAAAUACACAACGCCAGGAGGAACGACCCGACCACAACGACGGAUAAGUACGCCAAAUAUUUCGGGCAGUUAGCGAUGCAUCCCGGUUUCCCAGGCUCCGGACUAAGUGCCAGGAAGUUCAUGCAGAGCCAAAACAAGGACCUCAUCGAGACACCCCCGCCUAAUCGUUUUAGAGACGCAGUGUUCCAGGGGAAACUUUCAGGCUGGCCUUCAUCGGAUUCUUCUAAAUCGACAACCGAAAAUUUCUUCGAUUACGAAGUUAGUUACAAGUCUCCAACACUAACACCGCCAGAAAUAAGGCCAUUACUCGUUCGUCCGUUAGAAAAUAAAAUGCAGCAGAUUAUGUGGGACAUGCCGAAACCAGAAAGUCCGAUGAAACUAACCCAUACUGAUGACAAGACAUACGGGAAUGAUAAGUAA